AUGUGCAACUCAAAUCGUUCAUUCAUUUUAUUUAUAUGCACUACAAUCACCAGUGGGCAUUUGUUUAACUAUGUUUCGAUUAAGGAAACAAAAGAUUUAAAUUUCUACAAGGAUCUACUAACAGAAAUCGGAAGACAACAAUCAUAUGAUGGUUUACUAAUAGUGCAACAUAUGCAGCCUCAAGAUGUUACACUACAAAUGAUCUAUAGUUUACAAAAACCCAAAAUUAUAAUAACUAAUCUUCAGGAUUUCUACUACAAGGGAGAAUAUAAUAGUGAUAUAUUGGCUGUAAUAAUCAUGGAGUUUUUGUUUCACCAGGAAUUGUGGCAACAUUUUGUAAACAUCUUGGCCUACAUGCGUCAAAUAAGAAUCUUAAUGAUUUUGGUAGAUAUUUCCAACAAAGAGGAAUUGCUGAGUGAGAUUCUGAAGGAAUGUGAAAAGUCUAAAACCACAAAUGUUAUUGUACAUUUUCUAAAUUCUACUUUGUCGGAACAGCCUUCUCGGAGUUAUUAUUUCUAUUUAUGGCCUUAUCCGAGAUAUCAUUUUCAAGCUAUAAACUUUACAGCAGCUAAAGAAUAUUAUCCCACCAAUUGGCGUAAUAUGAAAGGUAAAUCUAUAAUAACUCUACCCGAUCAGAAUAUACCACGUUCUUCGCUAUAUAAAGAUUCCAAAGGACAAUUGCAGAUAACAGGUUUUGCAUACAAAUUUGUUCAAACCUUUACCGAAUACUAUAAUGCCUCGUAUAAACUGCUGUAUCAGCCGAAAUUGGGUGAAAUUCUACAUUUUAGUACAUUGGAAAAUAUGACUAAACAUGGCAUAUUAGACAUGCCCAUGAGUGUGGCCCCAAUAGAUAGCAGCAGAAAACUAUUGCGUCUUUCAUAUCCCAUAGAAUUGACAAAAUGGAAGAUAAUGUUGCCAUGUGCCAAAAGAAUGAAAAUAAAUAAGGUUUAUGAGGAAUUGUUAAACGCUAAAUUAUUUUCGGUUGUAAUAAUAUUUACCAUAGCAUUUUCUCUUAUACACACCAUUAUAGAGAAAUUAUUCUAUAAUCAAAUGUUUUGGUUAAAUCUAUUGAUGAGUGAUAAAGUUAUACCCGGAGUAUUGGGUCAAUCGUUUAUUUUGAGAAAUUCCUAUUUAAUAAGUCUGCGCUUUGUAUAUGUCUUGAUAUUCGUAAUGGGUCUAUUUCUAAGCACUUUAAUAUCGGCUCAUUUACAAACCCUUAUAACAAGACCGCCUUUGCAUGGCGAAAUAAAUACUUUCGAAAAACUGCGACUAAGUGGUAGGAAAAUACUUAUGGAUAUAUUGGAUAUGAAAUAUGUAGAUGAUGAUGAUUAUGUGGUUUAUGGGAAAAUGAAAGGUACCAUUGAGUAUACCGAUAACACCACCAUGUACAAUCAUUAUCGUGGUAAGUUCAACACCUCUUAUGGUUAUACAGUGACAUCGGCUUUGUGGAGUAUCUUCGAUACAAUGCAAAUGAAUUAUGCUCAGAAAAUAUUUUGUUCUUCAGAAGAUAUGAAUAUAAAAGGUUUAAUACCCUUUGGUAUGCCUCUAGAGAAUAAUUCUCAAUACAAGGAACCCAUGGAUUAUUUGGUACAUAAAAUGCAUUCAGGUGGUUUGUUGCAUAUCUGGAAAUUGCAUGUUUUUAAUGAUUUAAUAAAGUUGAAAAAAAUCACUUUACGCGAUUCGAGCAAGAUUAAAACGUAUGCAGAUUUAACGGAAUAUGAUUUGCUAUUGAAAUUCUGA